CUGGUCAGCGAAUACUGGUUGACUCUCAGUAUGAAGCAUUCCUCAUGAGUUUUCUGAAAAAAAGUGUGCUACAGUUUGACAGAUCGAUCGAUCAAGAUUUUAGGUCAUUAGCCAUCGCAAAACAUCAUGUCAAAGAACUAAUAAUGAAACGUAUUAAUGAAACUCUGGCAAUCUGUCAACGGCAUAGUGUAUAUAAUGAGAAUGAGAUGCGAGGGAAGUUUGAAAAAUUAAUAGAAAAGCUCAUUAAACAACGUAUAUCUAAACGAGAAAAAAAUAAAAAUACCAAAAAGUCGGAAAAUGCUGAUGGCGUUAUUUGGUGGCUUAAUAAAAAAGCUUCAAAUUAUAAUCAACAGAAAAAUUGUGAGAAUAUUAAUUUGAACUCCGAAGUAACUGCGUCUUCUACAUCAAGUAAUCUGAUACCCGCGGACAAGAUUCCGAAGUCAGUAUCAUUUCCCUUGCCUGAACAAUUAUCUCAGGAACAGGUUGCAUCUAUAAAAGAAUCCCCUUCAGACCAAAUUCAAGUUACAUUCACAAACAGUUCCCAAGAGAAAAAGGGAACAUCAGUCGAUGUCGCAUCAAAGGAUAAAUCAACGAGUGUUGAGGGAAUUAUAAGUGAGAUUGCUUCGUCACCGAGAGAAACCGGUGAUGAAUGUUUAGUCAAAAAAUCAGUGAAGCAUCUUUCAAGACCAUCUAGCGUAGAUGGUACUCGCCUGGCACCAACUCCUAAGAAAGUUAAAACUGGUCCGAAUCCUACUAGGAUCGAUUUUGGUGGAGUCCACGAACAAGCAGCUUCUUUUCCUGAUUCCAA